AUGGGUGAACUUAUUCUCCUUGGAGACAAUCGUGUUCCAGAGACCCUUCUGAGAUGUAGCUUUUCUUAUUUUGCAGGUGGCAGGUACAUUGUGAUGGGUCACCUCUAUCACCGAAGAAGGCAACUGCCUUCGCUUCUGCAAGGGCUGGUGAGAGGCCGUCUGCGGCCGGGAGACGGACUCCUUUGCAGAGGCAACAGCUACAUGAAGAGGUUCAACAGAAGGCGGGAUCAAAAGGUGCAAGGGGCAGCUCGGUCCAAGUGUGGAUGAGAAGGCAACUCUGCCAUCACUUUCUCUGGCUCUGAAAGCAGUUUUGGAGUGACAGGUGGUAAAAAAUGUUCUCUGGUUUUGCUACAGGCCGAUAACACUUUUGGUCUGAAAAAUCGCUUGCUUUUGCUGUUAAAAGAAGGAACUGGAGCCUGCUGCAGUCUCUUUAAUUUUAUCACCCAGUUAUCAAGGCAUGAUAUUUACUCCCUGUAAUUAAUCUCUAUUAACUGAUCUGCUUGGUCAGAUCGAAGUCAACCAGCUAUCCAGGUACCUUUAGAGAUUAUCUUCUACAUACUUUCUUCAGUGUUGUCACAUGAAAAGAUAUACUUAAAUAUUUACAAAAUGUGAGGUGUGUACUCACUUCUGUGAUAUACUGUACUUCAUGAUUAUUAGCUCCUAGCCAAUAAUUCUAUUCCACAACAUCAAUACAGGUGGUCCUUGUCAUAUGACUGUAAUUGACCUUAGGGAUUACAGUUGUACGCCAUGACAGUCAUGAGUCAUCAGGUGACUCAUUUUUACCUUGUUUUGGAACGGUUAUUAAGCAAAUGCCACAGUCCUUAUGCGAAGUGAUUUGUCUACUUUGGGACCUUUUUCGUUGGAAACCAGAAGUAAAUGCCGAUUUCUGGCAAAAGUGUCAUAAAUCACGGUCACAUGACCACAAGGCACUGCACAUAGCCGUCAAUGUGGGCUGGUUGCUGAGCACACAAAACACAGACGUGAUUGAGAGUGUGGAGCGGAUGUUGGAACUUUGAAACCAGGUUGCAAGUCCCUCUGUUUUUUUUGUUUUUGUUUUUUUUUGGUUCAGAGACUACUUAGAAUUAUAAUUUUGUUAAAUGGGUUAAAUUUGCAGAACAUCUUCAGCCACAAAAAAUAAUUAAUACAAUACAAUAGCAGAGUUGGAAGGGACCUUGGAGGUCUUCUAGUCCAACCCCCUGCCUAGGCAGGAAACCCUAUACCGUUUCAGACAAAUGUUCAUGGGUGCAUCAUCACUUCAAACUGCCACUAAGUCAAGUAUUAUCUGUAGUUCUGCAUUCAUUUCUAAAGUUCAAAUUGUGACUUUCACAACUGUAAAAAAAAGUGAUAUAAACUAAAUAUAUAAAGUGUUAUCAAAUAGUUGGUCAGUUUUAUUAAUGAGUUCAUAAAUGGUAUUGCUAAUGUAGAAAUAAAGCAUUCAAACAUUUUGAGAUAUAUUUAUAUAAGUGAUGUGAAUUCAAAUGCGAACGCUAUAUGACAGGAAUAUGGCAGCGAUGUAAAAGAAAGUGUUAAUACUGCUAGAAAUAAUUACAACAUUGUAUCAGAAUUGUAAAAUCUAGGAGGGGGAAAAUGAAUGGGUUGGAAAAAUGCAGACACCAAUGACAAUAAGCAAGUAAAUUUUGGGCUGGAAUAAUUUAGCAUGAACGUACUUUGUUUAAUAAUCUAAAGAUAGAGUCAUCAGCAUUCUCUGUCACUAUAACAUUUUUUACCCAGCCAGCUGAGACUGGAAUCAUUUAGGAGCUUUUAACACAGUAUGAACAAAACCUUGAUAAAUGCCUCUUCACUUCAGAUAUCAGAAUUUCAAACAGGUUCAUAUAUUUCUAAGAAGCAGAAGCAGGAAAUAUUAAGUAUUAAAUAUUAAAUAUUAAGUCCAUGUGGUGUUAUGUCAGCCCUGAAACUUUCCCAAGGUGUCUUCAAUGAAAGCUCUUUAUUAUCACAAAUAAGAUUUCCUGGCAGCAGUCUGUAAGUGGGAGGAAGAGGGGAAGUAGCUUGUGUCCAAUUUAUCUUUGCAUUCAUUUCCUUAUUUUGCAUUCUGUAUGUAACAGAUACAUCUACUGUAGGUAUGUGUCUGUGUGAUGCUAGAGUCUUCCAUUACAAGAUUUUCUUUGAAGAAGGAAAUGUACAGCAUCAGUUUUGAAAAUAGUGUAGUUGUAACAAAUGAUACCUCUAUUAAAUUACCCUAACAAACAAUGUAUGAAGUUUUAAAAACUAUUGGAUGUCAAUCACAUGAAAGCUUUGAUUCACAGGUUUCACUUGCAUGUCAUUUUGUUCUUGUCUAGAAUUAAAAUCGCCUCUUUAAUGUGAU